GCGUGGAACGCUACCCACCUGAAUUACGGUAUCCUCCGCCCAGCCACCACUGGGACCCUGAUAUACGCAUACAUGCCCUCGAAUCUCAUCCAUCAUCGAAUCGCCGCCUGUGUCGCGCCUCAGAACUGAAUCGCCUCAACGCGAGCCUGCUCAAUCGCAUACAAUUCGCAUAACUUGCAGCUGCCGUUUUCAUGACCUCGUCUCUGAAGGUGUUGCUCUCAUCAACCAUCACUCCUGCGGUUCACAGCUUGUCUUUCCAUAGCGACUCUGGGCCAAUAUGACGCCGCUUACCCUGCGACGGCUGUACUACGCGUUCUUGCGUCUCCUCUUGCUGCCAGGAUCUCGUCACUCUCCAAAAAUUGUCCUUGCAUGGCUUUGGGACGUGUUGAAACGUUGUUCGAUACUCAAGGCAACGAUCAGUAAAAUGAUCUCAGGGCAACGCCAUCGUCCAAUUGGAUCCGGCAAUAGUGCUUCUGGGGUGAUCUACCUGAGCGAGGAGCCCGCGUACUAUCCCGAUGUAGACCUGGAACGAGGGCUUACAGAUGACACCAAGGUUCGCCAACAAAGAGAUCCGGAUCGAGCAGUAGCCAUCUCCCACUCUGCGCCCACAUACAACCACCAACACGCGCUUGGAAAACAAACCGCAUCUCAAGAUCUGCCUCCGCAUCCUUAUAUAGUCGAACGCGAACCUCACGACGGUAGCCAAACACAUCUAGGCACUUGCCACCUUGCCUGCCACUGUGGCGAUGACGGCCUGACCCCUUUUCAUAUUCCGCUUUGUCCACGUUCUGCAGCAGACCAGGUCCCAUUCUCGACAACACCAUCCCAAGUGACAAUACAAUCCGCCUCGACAACGCCUUCUGCCAUGCAAGAAUGCCCUUCCAAGUACACCGUGCAGCCCAUGCAAACAAAGUACCCGCUGGAGGGCGUCCCGGAUGGCUGGGAAGCCGUUACACAUCCGGAAGGGGGCUUGUACUUCUACGACCCAGCUCGGAAAAUAUACACCGAGGCGUGGCUAUGCGAUCCAGACGUACUGGAUGAGAUCGAGGACUUCGCUGCCCAACUGAGGCGAGUCGUCCUUGAGCUUGAGGUGAACCCGACGAAGGAGACCAAGCACUACUGGACGUACUACUUUGUCAACCAUGAUGAAAGAGUCCUCUUCUGGUUGGGGGAUUUGAGAGGCCUCUAUUCCGCUCUCAUAUCAGCCUACUACUGGCAUCACUGGGAGUCCUUUCCUGUUGGUCAGGUUGUCACGGACAAGCUCCGAGACGAAGCUUUGUGUAUACUCAUACAUGCCAACAUUGACCGGACGACGUCGGCAACAUCCACCGUUGGGAUGAUAUCUAGCGACAUGGAUCGGCUGACGUCGCUGCUCAAGUUGUCGAAAGACCUCGGGAGUAGUAAUCAGUACACUGCUUGGGUUCUUGGACGGGUGAUGUGCCUUUUCGCUAAUGACAGAUACCUCAACUUCUUUGGCCAAAAGGUUGCGCGUCUCGAUCGCCUUCAGAGCCUCUUUGACAACGACAACAGCACUCGGACGCCCUGGAUACGCUCGUUUUCCGUCAUUUUGUUUAACCAUCCCCUAGCGCAUCUGCGGAGUCUGGAGAAAGUGUGGAUCGAUGGUAUCAUCAAUGCGAACUCCUGGGAGAGAUUCGUCGCCGACCUGCGAAAGGAGUGGUUGGAAGCAGCGAUCCCCGCGGCGGUGCUGCUAUGCGCAAAUGUAUCCUUCCUCGGUAUCGCAGAUGUCAACGCCAAUGCUUCGCCGCAGCGGACGCCUGCGCAGAUUACGAGCUUGGUGUCCACGAUCGCCUGCGUCUUCUCUGCGAUUAUUGGCAUGCAGCUGAUCCGCCAGUACCGCGUGAAACCCAGGGAGACAGCUGAGGAAGCCGCUACGUACUUGCACGGCCAGUGGCGCGCUCGACUGGGCAUGGAAACCCUCGCUAUCGUGCAUAGCCUUCCGCACGCAUUGCUACUGUGGGCGGUCCUUGCGUUCAUGGCAGCGCUCGCGCUUGAAUGCUUCGGCUGGCAGGACAAGCCUACAGUGAUCGCAACCGCUGUUGCUUGGGGUUUAGCGGCAAUAUCCACUGCGCUGUGCGUCCGCUCUUGCUGGGAGGGCAGCGUUGGUCAUUCGCUGCAUGAUUGGGCGCUCCAGGUGCGAAACAAGGUCGGCGACACGUUUGAUGGCUCGUCGCAGCACACCAGGAGUGCAUCGACCCCAGGCCUUCCCGACGAUGAUAUUCGAGACGACGUUGUUGAAGUAUAGAUUGUGCGCGAAUGAUCCGGUAGCAGUAUGAUGAAGGGCCCGUCACGAUACACUCUUCGUGGCAUUUUUACGUUCCGUUUAAGUAUGCGUGUAUUGUAUUGACCUCUGUAUUGUUGUCUCUGUCCGUGUACCAAGUAGCCACUGUGGCAGGUUAUGUAUGUAUCGUGAUGUCUAUGUCAAUGCUCUGAGCUAUACAGGCGCCGCGGAGGCGCACGCUCAUAGCAUUGUAAUCUGAGGCUGGCC